AUGCUCACUGAAGAAUGUAAUGCUGUGAUCCAAAGAGGAAUUCCACCAAAGCUUAAAGAUCCAGGGAGCUUUGUGGUUUCAUGCACCAUAGGCAAGAUGACAUUAGAGAACGCUCUUUGUGAUCUAGGUGCUAGUAUCAACUUGAUGCCCCUUUCAAUGAUGAGAAAGCUUACCAUAGAAGAAAUCAAACCUACCAGGAUGUCACUAGUGAUGGCCGAUAGAUCAAUCAAGACAUCCAAUAGAGUUGUAGAAAAUCUACUAGUGAAAGUUGGGGAGUUUAUCUUCCCUGCGGACUUUGUCAUCUUGGACACGGAAGGGGAAGGAAACAACUCAAUUAUCUUGGGAAGACCAUUCCUAGCUACAGCAAGAGCUACUAUUGAUGUAGAAAAGGGAGAAAUGACCUUCAGGGUGCACAAUGAGCAAAUGGUCAUCAAUAUUUUCAAAUCAAUGCAACACUCCCCUGAGCAAGAGAACUACAUGAAGGUGGAUAUGAUAGAAAGUCUGGUAGAAGAAAUAUUUGAAGCCAAUUAUCAAGAGCAACAGGAAGAAGAAGUGGAGGAUGAGUUAUUGGAAGAUGACAACCAGGAGGAACAAGGAGAGGAAGUGGUAGAAAUAUCCAUUGAAGACAAGGAAAAGGAUAAGCAAAAACAGGAGUUGAAACCUCUUCCUUCUCACCUCAAAUACGUGUUUCUUGGAGAAGCAGAAGCCCUGCCAGUAAUCAUAAACUCCUCUUUGAACAUGGAAGAAGAAACAAGUCUGAUUGAAGUGUUGAGAGCUCACAAGAUAGCCUUGGGUUGGACAAUUGAGAAUAUCAAAGGCAUUAGCCCUGCCAUUUGUAUGCAUAAAAUUCUGUUGGAGGAAGAAUCAAAGCCUAUAGUUCAACCACAAAGAAGGCUCAACCCAGCCAUGAAGGAGGUGGUUCAAAACGAAGUCAUGAAGCUAUAG